AUGAAUAAAUAACAUAUUCCAGCAAAAGCAUAAGAAAAAAUAUUUGGUUUAAUACUGAAACGACCAGAUAAUUUAGUGUGUGCUGAUUGUGCUACAAAAGGUCCUAGAUGGGUUAGUUUGGAUUAUGGUAUAUUUAUUUGUAUGGAUUGUGCAGGUAAUUUAGUAAUUAUUAUUAUGAUAGGUGCUCACAGAACUUUGGGUCCAAGUGUUACACGAGUAAGAUCAACAAAUAUAGAUGGAUGGUAUUAGGAAAAUAUUGAUAUUAUGGAAUCUAUUGGAAAUGCAACAGCAAAUUCAUAUUGGGAAAAUACAAUGCCUAAGGAUUAUGUGUAAUAUAUUAUUUCUAAUAUAUAAUAUAGCAAACCAACAAUUAAUACAGGAUUAGAUUCUUUAAUUCGAUUUGUUUAAGAGAAAUAUAUCAAGAAGAGAUUUAUACCUUAAUAAUAAUGUCUUGAUCCAAAAUAAUAAUAUAUGUUAACCAAAACGUAUAUAAAAUUUAAUAACAAUUUAGUACUGUUAAACCUUUCUAUUUUAGAAUAGAAACUAAAUAAGAAUAACCAAAAGUUAAAUUAGGUGAUUUGAUUGAUUUAAAUGAGUAAUUUGACAAUUUUUGUGUUAAAGACACUAAAAUAGAAAUAGUGCAUGGAAGUAAUACAUAAUAUGGAACAACUCAUUCUUUAUCACCAGAAAAAGAUAAUACAGAUUUUAAUUAGACAAAAUAAUAAGUAAAUCAUGUAAUGCAUUCAUCGCCAUAACUUGAUAUAUUGAAUCUAUAUAAACCAGAUUAAUAAUAGAAAUAAUAAAUGCAAUCAUAAUAAACCAUCCCUUAAAAGAAUGCUAAUUAUGCUUACUUACAGAAUUUAGGAUAGCAAUAAUAAUAAUAUAAUUAUCAAUAAUACUAAAAUAAUAAUACAAAUUUCAAUUAAUAAUAAUAAUAAUUUUAAUAAAAUCUAUUUCUAUAGUAAUAAACUAAUCAAAUUUAAUAAUAAUAAUAAUAUAAAUAAAAUGGACCCAUUAACAUUAUGGAAUUAUAUCAAAGAUGA